CAAUUCGAAACAAGUGCGCACUCGUGUCGACUCUUGGUGCAAUCUCGCUCUAUUCGAAUAUAUAGGAUAGUGUUUUGACGCGCAUAGAAAUGGCGGAUGCUAUAUUUAUCACGCAUUUUCUGCUGUUAUUGAUAUCUAAAUUAUGUUCAGCCGAACGAGACAUUGCGCUGCAGGAUCAAGAUAUCUCUCUUGAUAAUGAGAACUCGGAUUUACCUCAGCCAUUAGAUCAUAGUCUUGGCAGCAACGUGGUCAGCCAGAAACGUUUCAAGUGCUUCGUAUGUGAAGAACUCGAGUGUCCAUCGUCCAACAUCUGUGACGAUGCAGUCACUUGCUGGAAAUCCAGGGUGAGAGAGAUUGACGGUACGGAAUAUGUUAGUCGCGGCUGUUACGCAUCAGAAGAGCACAAAUUAUUUUUAUGUAAUAAGGAUGACAGCCAAACUGAGGAUCGUAAAGAGAGACAGGCCAGGGGAUUAUUGAAUGGUGUUCAAUAUUCCGUGGAAUGUUGUCAAGGAGACUUUUGUAAUGCCGGACCAUACCCUGUAUUACAAGAUUAUUCGACUGAUGUCGAUGAGGAAAAUUAUGUAGUCAAAUUAACGUUUGCAAUCCUUGGUCCGAUGAUUGGCUUGACGAUUCUUGGAGGAAUUCUGUUCUGCGUAGUGGCGCACCGAACACGAAGAAAGCGGCCGAUAGCGCCUCGUCGGAAUAAGCUUAUCUUAGACUCGGAGAUUGAACCUUCCAUGUUACACUUUUCGUUCUCCUCACCUACGUCGUCCGCCACCUACCAUCCACAUGAGCUUCGAGCGACGGCCGCCGGCGACAGUACGCUCAAAGAGUAUUUGGAUGGUCGAAGUUUGACUAGCGGGUCUGGAUCUGGGUUGCCUUUACUAGUGCAAAGAACUCUAGCGAAGCAGGUGACCUUGGUGGAAUGCCUUGGUAACUGUAGUAGCGGAGGAUUUGGCGGAGAGGUGUGGAGAGGAGUUUGGCACGGCGAGAAUGUAGCUGUAAAAAUUUAUUUCUCACGGGACGAAGCUGCGUGGGCUCGAGAGACCGAAGUUUACUCUCAACUGUUACCGUCCAGACAUGAUAAUAUCCUAGGAUACAUCGGCAGCGAUAUGACUAGCAGAGCCAGCUGCACGCAGCUGUGGCUGGUGACGCAGUACCAUCCACUCGGCUCGCUUUUCGAUCAUCUCAAUCGCUCGCCGCACCCGUUGACGCCUCAUCAAACGCUAAAUAUUUGCCUGAGCAUCGCCAACGGUUUGCUCUAUCUGCACACGGAAAUUCACGGCACUAGGGGAAAGCCGGCCAUGGCUCACCGUAAUCUUAAGUCGAAGAAUAUUCUCGUCAAGACCAACGGUGGUUGCGUGAUCGCCGAUUUUGCGCUAGCGGUUACGCAGGAUCGUCUUACAGCGGACAGAGUUGACUUGCGACAAGGGACGAAGCGUUACAUGAGCCCGGAAAUCCUUGAGCAAUCAGUCAACGUCGAGUGUUUGGAGAGCUUCAGACGGGCCGAUAUCUACAGUCUAGGAUUAAUACUGUGGGAGGUGUGCCGGAGAUGUAUAAGUAACGGCGUAGCCUUAGAGUACGCGAUGCCAUACAGCGAAUGGCUGCCAAGCAGUAAUCAAGAACCCUCCAUGGAAGAAGUGCGUAAAUUGGUCUUGCUCGACCAGCGAAGGCCGCCACUACCUAAUAGGUGGCACUCUGAUCCGACGUUGGCCGGAAUGGGAAAAUUAAUGCGGGAGUGUUGGCAUGGAAAACCAGCAGCCAGAUUGCCCAUUCUUAGGGUAAAGAAGACACUCGUUAAAUUAGCAGCUAAUGAUUCUCGUGUUCAUUUACCUCUUGACUGACCAGUGUUCAUUUUACUGAGCCCUUUUUCAUCCACGUAUUUAUUACUGUUGCUGCAUCAGCCUGUCAUGUAUAUCAUCAGUUCGUUCAUCGUCAUCAACCUUCCCGCAUUAUCGGAUUGUUAUAUCAAGAAGAUAAAGGAAUAUCGUAUAUUGACAUAUCGAAGUAACAAUGUUAAUAAGUUCGUUAAUGUUUGGCACGUCGAUUUUGUUACCUUACUUUGUAUUACUGUUAUCAUUCUGAAACGAUGAUAUUGAGUUUCAGCGUCAACAAUCAAAUGGAUAAGUAAGAAUAAUAUUCUAUAUUAUAUGCGAGCGACUGUUUAAUUCUAUACGCGAACGACUGUUUAACUUUAUUUGUUAAAGCGAACAAUAUUGUAGAAAUGUAAUUAAUUCUGUUUGUAGUUUGUACGAAUAAUAUAGCGAUACCAUUUUUUUAAUUACGAUUAAUAUUAAUGAUAAACAUUUCAUACACAUAAUAUGCCAUACAUAUGCAUGAACAUAAUCUUUAGUUUAUAACAAAGAAUGUAAGAUUAUUAUUUUCAGUAAAAAUCUCUUUUA